UCCAUUGAAAAAUGAUCUCUCCCAGCCGAUUACCACGCAAGACUGACAGCAGCUCCGACCAGGAAACACCAGUGAUAGAGAAAUUUGCAGAACGUGUCAGCUGUCAAGCUUUGCAGGAAAUAGUGAGCAGAGAAUCGGGGUAUAUCAGGAGGUUGAUAUGGUUGGUGUGUUUUUUGGGCGGACUGAUAUUGAUGGCGUUCCAGGUUUACGAACGCGUUACGUUUUAUGCCGGGCAUCCGGUGCGUUUUAACACCUACACCGUGACUCCGCUUUCCGUGAUGUUCCCGGCGGUAACAAUAUGCAAUUAUAAUGCCAUUUCGAAAAUGAGGGCAAGGGAACUGGAUCUCCUGGAAGAGUUUGAGAGAUAUUUUCCUCUUAAAGUUGGCAGUGAAAAUUUCACGGGUUUAGGAGACGAUUGGUUCGACUGGGACUCUGUUCUAAAUGUCUCGAAACCAUUCGUUAAAGAGUGUACAUUUCGAGGGAUAAGCUGCAGCAUGAAAAAUUUCACUCCUGUUUAUACGGAUAUGGGGAUCUGCUACACCUUUAAUUCAGGGUAUAGCGGUCAUAGGUUAACGAGCGACAGUAGUGGAAGACUCUUUGGCCUCCAGCUGACGUUAGACGUGGAUCAGAGAAACUAUUUCAGAGGAUUUGCUGGCUAUGGAGCAGGUUUCAAGGUGAGGGUCCACGCCCGAGAUCCACCGAUGAUGAGCAAUAUGGGGUUCUCAGUGGGCGCCGGAAUGCAUACUUUAGUUGGACUUAAGAUGAUCAAUGUCAGUAACCUUGACGUAACGCAGUGGGGCAGCUGUCGCAAGGACAUAACACUGAAGUUCCACCCGGAGUACUCUCAGUCCGCAUGCCGACGCGAAUGCCUCUACGACUUCAUGAUAGAAAAGUGCCAGUGUGUCAAGUUCCUGAAGUUUGGAAAAAUAAGACAAUCUACGGGCCGUUUCUGUAACCCUAAAGAGUUGUUCUACUGCUACGGGCCGAAUUAUGACGUGUUCAUCCAGAAAAAGGGGCAGUGCAAACAUGUCUGCCCUGUGGCGUGUGAAUCUAUCAAGUAUGAAGUGAGUCUGUCUCAAGUACCAUUCGCAGAUUAUUAUGCUGAAGAGAUGAUUAAUGACUCCGGUUAUAGAGAUGUUAUUGAUUUCAAGAAAAACACUGCUCGGCUCGAUAUAUUUUUCAUGGAAAUUUCAUACGAGAGAAGAGAGCAGUACCAAGCAUACAAUGCGUUCACACUCGGGUGUGACAUUGGAGGGGCGUUAGGACUCAUCCUUGGAGCCAGCGUUCUCACGUUAUUUGAAGUGGGUGAUUUUAUUAUUCUCAUGAUUCUGAAAGGCAAAGGAAAGAAACUCUGCUAA